GUAGUCAAAAUAUGACAAUUGCCGAAAAAGAAAAUGCAGCAGGAGCGAUUCUGUACCACUCAUUUUAUUACCGUUCCUUGAAGCGCACACAUACAGAAGACUACGAUUUGGAUGAAGAGCCAGUCAAGCGAUACAAAAUGGAGUCUAUUCCGUAUGUUUUUUAAUAUUUUGAGAUCGCAUACUUGCUUGCAGCUGCUGUUGCAGGUUGUAGUAGUGUUUAUUGGAUAACUUGAUCGAUCGUUUGCUAAAUCAUGAAACAAUGGUUUCCUGUCAAAUUGUCAACAGUUCCCCUAUUCUUUACCCAAGCUAUUCGGCUGCCCAAGCAUUACCAAGUCCAGAUCACACUGUGGAUGAACCAACAGCAACAACGACUGCAACUCACCACGGCGUUGUGGAUCAUCCCAUUCUGAAAUCAUUCACAAUAACGACAAAACGGAAUAAGCAAUACAACCAAAUCAAUGAAUUGUUGCACACAGUACACGUCAUGCGAUUUGGCAAUCCUGAAUCACGAGAAAGUUGGUGGGACCGCAGAGAAGAAGAAGGAGGACGACAGCAAGAAGGACAGGAACAACAAGAAGACGUACAAAUGGGCGAUUACUUGUCACCUUCGGAAGCUUCCACGGCGUAUGAAUCUGUGAAUGCAACAUUACGACAAGCAUUUUUGCAACGACAUAAUCAUGGUCAUGGAUAAGAACAACCAGAGUGGUCAGUGUACCAUCAUUAUGAUCAUCAUCAACGUCAUCGUCGUCACCUUUAGCUAAGGACAUCCAACCAUCCCAAAUUUUAAAA